GCGAGUCGUCAUAGAUUGACUCAGUAGUACGAGGCUACCCAGCUCUCGCUAAUAUAAAACAUAUCGACGGACUCCCGAGAUCGCGAAUAUGGACAUGAUUGCAAUACAGAAAGUUGUUAGUAACCUUGGUAGAAUCGCAACUGAGCGAGCACUAGUUCCAUAGUAUCAAAGAAUCGAUUGCCUCAAAAGAUCGGGGUGCAACUCUACUGAAUGGCUUUGUAUCAUUACAGUGUACUCCAGACUAGGGGUGCUGAGUAGCCGAGACGGUUAUAUGUGAAGAUGUUCCCCGCGCCCCUUUUCGGCAGAUACCCCCCUAUAAUCCGUUGUUGCUUUAGCCAGUCACUACGAGUGGUGAUCAUGAAGUAAAAUGCAGUUUCAAGACUUGAAAUAUAUAGAACAUAUAAUGUAAAGCGAGGCAAUCUCUAAUGUACCUAUUUGAGAUAACAGAAUAGAUGCUCUUUUCUAUAUGACAGCUCCUGUUCUAAUACCUACUAUCGAACGCGGCAGCAACUUAGAUAUACAUUAUCCUUAAUCAGGAUAUAUAAUGAAGCUUCUGAUCAUCCUGUUCAUCCAGACGGCAGUCGCUCAAUCCCGGUGGUACCAGGACCAGACUUGUGACCGGGCACUUCUGCAAGAGGCUACAAGUCGAUACAUCGCAGCGCAAAGCACAGGACAGCCACAAUGGCUAUCGACAUUGCUCUCCGAUAACACAACCGUGAUAGAAAACAACGCGGAGAGUUCGAUACCAGCAAGUCUCGUUCUCAAUCAAUCGCUCGCAAUCGCGCACGUCCGACAUAUCUACGACACCGUGGCAUGCGCCUCGUUCUCCGAGCUCGUCUCCCUCGCCCCGGGCCCAGGAUACCAGAUCGGGACACAGCUACGUCUCGACGCGGCCACGAGGAAGAUCACUAAGAUCGACAGCAUCGUGACGACCACGGGGGAUCUAUACUUCAACACCACCCACGCGCUGCACUACCUCCUGCGGGAAGACUGGGGGUUGAUCGCGCCUGAGAACCGCGACUCCCGCGCGACGAUACAGGCGGCAGCCGACGCGUACUAUGCGUAUUUCAGCAACGGGUCUACCGUCGUGCCGUGGGGGGCGCCGUGCGAUCGGCUGGAGGGCGGCGCGUACAUGGGCCAGGGCCUUGCGAACGAUACAUGUGACGCGGGACUCCCGCCUUUCAGCGUCGAGAUGCGCGACCGGCGCUACGUGAUCGACGAGUCGGUCGGCUCGGUGAACGUGCUGAGCGAGUUCGGGAUUCUGGGGCCGGACAGCCAUGAGUUUCGCGUGGAGAAGGGGGAGAUAAGGUGGAUUCAUGCCAUGACGUUCUGUAGAGGAACGCCGAACUGCAACGCGCCUGAUUUCCCGGGGUUGAGCGAGGAGGUUGGAUGGUAAGGCACUAUAUAGGAUGGUAGAUUGUUCAA